UCUCUUUUCAGAAACUUUUUCACUAAAAGGACAAAGGAACUCAAACCUGCUGUCCAAAGCGCUCCUGGUUGGAAGUUGUUUGGGAAAGUCCCACCCAGGGAAAACCUUCCAAAAGAUUCCAAAAUUAUUCAGCAGGAAUAUGAAGCACGGACAGGAAGAAUGUAUAAACCCCCACCCCCGUCAGCAAGACGUAAAAACAUUGAGUUUGAACCACUUUCAACUACUGCUUUGAUUCUGGAGGAUCGACCAGCAAAUCUUCCUGCCAAGUCAGUGGAGGAGGCUUUACGUCAUCGACAAGAAUACGAUGAGAUGGUGGCAGAAGCAAAGAAACGAGAAAUUAAAGAAGCACAUAAAAGGAAAAAAAUAAUGAGAGAGCGUUUCAAGCAAGAAGAGAAUAUCGCUAGUGCUAUGGUGAUUUGGGUCAAUGAAAUACUACCUAACUGGGAAGGCAUGCGCGCUACCCGAAGAGUUCGAGAGCUGUGGUGGCAGGGAUUGCCUCCAAGUGUACGUGGGAAGGUUUGGAGUCUGGCUGUGGGAAAUGAAUUAAACAUCACUCCUGAACUUUAUGAAAUCUUCUUGUCGAGGGCUAAGGAACGAUGGAAAAGCUUCAGUGAGACAAGUUCUGAGAAUGACAUAGAAGAUGCAGGUGCAUCUGUUGCUGAUCGUGAGGCCAGUCUGGAGCUGAUUAAGUUGGAUAUAUCACGCACAUUUCCAUCCCUGUAUAUUUUCCAGAAGGGUGGUCCUUAUCAUGAUCUCCUGCAUAGUGUUUUAGGAGCAUAUACAUGUUACAGACCAGAUGUGGGAUAUGUACAAGGGAUGUCCUUCAUUGCUGCUGUGCUCAUUCUCAAUCUGGAAGAGGCAGAUGCUUUCAUUGCCUUUGCUAACCUUCUAAACAAGCCAUGCCAGCUGGCCUUUUUCCGUGUGGAUCACAGCAUGAUGCUGAAAUACUUUGCAGCCUUUGAAGUAUUUUUCGAAGAAAAUCUUCCUAAGUUGUUUCUUCAUUUCAAAUCGUACAGUCUUACUCCAGACAUAUAUUUGAUAGACUGGAUUUUUACACUCUACAGCAAGUCAUUACCACUUGAUCUGGCCUGUCGUGUCUGGGAUGUUUUCUGUAGAGAUGGAGAAGAAUUUUUGUUUAGGACAGGAUUAGGAAUCCUUCGGUUAUAUGAAGAUAUUCUCCUACAGAUGGACUUUAUUCAUAUAGCACAGUUUCUAACAAAACUUCCAGAAGAUAUUACAUCAGAAAAGCUUUUUAGUUGUAUAGCAGCUAUUCAGAUGCAGAAUAGUAACAAAAAAUGGGCACAGGUGUUUGCCUCACUGAUGAAGGACAACAAAGAAGGAGACAAGAACCAUAGCCCAGCACCGAAAAGCUAAUGUUGAGGUCUACUGGAAACGUGGAAAACCACUUGAUGACAAAGAAGUCUUCACAUCACUUCUAUGUGGAAAAAGCACUAUAGAAAACGUGAAAAUGAGAUGGAAAAAAGACACAGCUCUCAGUGGAGUAACGAACUGAUGAAAUCUUCACCCUUUUGCCAGUAUUAGUUUUUGCCAUGGGACGAUCUGAUUUCACACAGAAUACUAAAAUCUAUGAAACUGAGAAGCGGGGGGUUCAUACUUAAUACUUUAAAAGAAUCAGCUCAAUGCAAUAAACAUUUGUAAUAACUUCUGUUGGUACUUUAAACAAAUUUUUGAGGCAUAACUGUUUUUACAAAUACCACAAAGGCACUUUUUGGAGGGGAUGAGGGAAAUGCUAAAUGUUAAGGCCCCAAAACUGCUAUCCAAACCAAAUGCUUUGGUACAAACAUUACCUCCAAAAUUAACAAUUUGCAAGUAUUGAGGACCAAAUAAGGUGGUUUGGUAUGUUUAUGUGUAAGGUGAUUAAGAUUUGGGAAGGGGUAUUGUCUUAUUUACUGGUUUGAUUUUUUUUUUUUUUUUUGUUGCAGCUUCAUUCUUCAGUCUGGGCAAAUGUAAUUAACUCAGGAACUGUAGACGUAUUGUGCCCAAACCUAGAGCAAAAAUAAUCUGAAUUUUAAACAGAGGUAAGAACAGGGCUGCUAUUUUCACUGUACAGCUUUCAAAGCAAGUGGUGUUUAAGCAUUUAUUUUGGUGUAUUGGUUGUGGAGUAAAUUGAGUGGGUAUUCUGUGAAAGGGUUUUGCCACCGUAAGUUUUAUAUUGCUGAGCCAUUUCCAACUAAAAAUACUUGUAUGUGAUGGUGAACACUAGAAAAUGACAAGGCUAUUGAAAGGCUUUUGUGUUCUCAAAGAAGCAGCCACUUUUAACACUUGGAAAUAAUGCAAACACAGAAUUGUUUUUGAAACUGUCUUUUUAUUAGUGUGCAAUACUGAAAUCCAAAAAUCAUCUGGCUUAGUGAUACUUAAUUCUUUAACAUAUUUUAACUGUGAGACAUAAGGUCAUACUGUACGUGUCACAGCAAAUAUUUUCAAACAUUUCCUGUUCUUGAAGAUGCUGUACAACAACCUGUGGUUGUAGGGGACAGAAAUUUAAAAUGGAUAGCACUGCAGGUGAGGAACACUUGCACUCUCUUGAUCCGUUUUUGCUAAUAUUUAAUGUAAAUAAAUUCCUUACAUGUGGGUUUUUGUAACUGGUCCCUCUGGAAAUCAAGUAAAAAUUACCAUUAUGUAUUUUUAAGUGCAGGAGGCUUCCGGUUGUCUGGUGUUUUAAAAGCAGAGUCUGCAUAAUCGGGGUAAAAAUUUAGUGUGGUGUAACUUGCGUUGCUAUCUGGUUUAAAAACUACAUAUAUGCUACUCAUAACAUUACAAUUUGAAAUGUAAAUGUCAGAUUUUUCUUAACUUAUGUAUUCACUACUUUAAUUGGAUCCAAUUUGUCUUAUAUUUUUGUGUUAUCUUGUACAGUUUUCUUACUUUUCAACUAUAAAUCUGUAUAUAACUGUAAAUAGAAGGAUCAAGCCUUCCUUUGAGACCACUAGUACCGAUUCCUGUGUAAAUAAAACUGACAGCA